AAUAAUAAUGGGAUAAUUUAUAAUAACACAAAAACCUAACUAAAACUUGUUGUAUCCUAUAUGUAAAUUUCAAAAAGCUUUGUUAAGUUGAAUGAAAAAACAUCACAUAAUUAAAUUGGGGAUAUAAGGAGUAACAAGUUUCACAGCUUCCCGUUACCGCCACCAAUAAGUUUUCCAUAUACAAAGACUCUCCAAAGCUUUCUAUAUAUGGAAGGGGAAGUUUUCCCGAGGAUUUGUAGUAACUUUAGUACGCGGGUAUUGCUUCUGUUACUUAAUUCUGUGUCAGAUAAUAUGCCAGGGACUCACUGAACCAGAGACUGGGAUGCUAUGUCUAUACUCAGUAGCUAUUACAUUAAGGCCCGCAUUGCACCUGUUUCUGACGCCAUGGUUGCAAAAAAUAUAGUUAUUUUACAGCCAACUGUAUAUUCAAGUCAAAAUCCACGAGAGCUCGAGGGCAUGUGUAAUACUGUUGAGUUUUAUGCAACCUUAAAGUCAAGUCUCUGAGCUUUAAAGUAAUAGAAGAGUAGAUCUUGGAUGCAAAGGCUGCCAAUCUUGGGAUAUCUAGGAAUCAUGGGAAGAUAAAAACACAAUCAUUAAGUGGGAAGCCGCUAAUGAGAUGGAACUCAGGUAAGCUGAGUUUGUUAUGGCACUUGAACAAGUUGGAGAGGCUGAAAAACAAGGUGAAUCAUGAAUGCCCAAAAAUAGCAUGCUGAGAAGUUGAUUGGUUUUCCAGGCCGAAGAGCAUUCUUAAGACGACAACUAGGUGAACUUCUUUAGUUGUCUGCAUUCUGCAGUGGAUCCUUCUCACAUGGUCUUUCCACCUGCUUGUCAAAACUGUUUACAAGAAUGGCAACCAAUGUGUAUAUGCAUGUGAAAUAUCUUUGCAAUCUUAAUCAGUAAGUUUUUCAUAUAUGCGUCUACUUCAAAAACAAUUUUGUAGAUAUAUACAUGCUUCGAACUCAAAGCAGUGGUUUUGGUUAAACCCACCUAACUGAAUUUGUCUCUGAAGAGGAGCCGAAUCUUUGUUCCUCAACCUUUUUAGACCUUUUAAUAUGUGGGACCCCCUAGGUUCUAGGUACCAAUAGAAUUGAUUUACUCAGGUUCUCUUUUCUUGUUCUAUAUUUAGAAUAAAAUCUUUUAUUCAAAAACUUGGAUUUUAUUUCAAUGGGCUGUAACAGUUGUGAUGACAUUCCUGAUUCCACUACAUAAUCUGCUGCAAAUGUAUUUCUAUUUCUGAUACCCAGCGAUAGAUUACAAUACAGAGUGUAAUUUUCUUCUUUGAUUUCCUUUCCUAUUAGUAGUCCUGAAGUUUAGGGAGAUUUAGUUUUGUAGAUCACUUAUAAAUUAUUUUUGGCUUUAUGAUCUUUCUAUAAGAGAUCAUUUUUACACAUAUGAGGAUUUGGAAAAAGAACUCUUCUUCUAUUCUAUUUGUAAGUGGCCAAGCAGGGUUAAUAUAGUUGCUCCCAUAAUUAUUACUCAUCCCCAUUUCAAAAAAAAAAAUAAAUAAAUUCUAAGACUCGGAGCUUUUUAUUGUUAUCUUCAACUUUAUAUUGCUUUUGACCGUUGUGUGUUGCUGUAUUCGUUCUAGCAGAAGCGUCCAAAAAAAAUGGGGAGGAAAGAUAAAAUUAAACAACAAAAAGGGCAGAGAAGUGAAUCUAUAGAGAUUACUGUAAUCUAGUAGAACAUUUAUUAGUAUACCCUCCGAAGCAAACUCCUUUAAUUGAAACUCAAUUUUAAGGGGGCAAACCUGAAAAUUUACGCAGUUAAGACAACCUUUAAAACAUUUAUUAGCAGUGCUAGCGGAUGGGUUAGUAGUUACUAGUUACUUAAUAACUAAACUUCCCCCUUGUCCUCUUGUUCUGACCUUGCCAUUGGAAUUGGGGGGGGAAGGGUUGAUAUAGUUGCUCCCAUAAUUAUUACUCAUCCCCAUUUCAAAAAAAUAAAUAAAUAAAGUCGAAGACUCGGAGCUUUUUAUUGUUAUCUUCAACUUUAUAUUGCUUUUGACCGUUGUGUGUUGCUGUAUUCGUUCUAGCAGAAGCGUCCAAAAAAAUGGGGAGGAAAGAUAAAAUUAAACAACAAAAAGGGUAGAGAAGUGAAUCUAUAGAGAUUAUUGUAAUCUAGUAGAACAUUUAUUAGUAUACCCUCCGAAGCAAACUCCUUUAAUUGAAACUCAAUUUUAAGGGGGCAAACCUGAAAAUUUACGCAGUUAAGACAACCUUUAAAUCAUUUAUUAGCGGUGCUAGCGGAUGGGUUAGUAGUUACUAGUUACUUAAUAACUAAACUUCCCCCUUGUCCUCUUGUUCUGACCUUGCCAUUGGAAUUUCCGCUAUUUCAGCCUUCCAAUCAAAAGGAGAUUCCACUCCUAAUCAAAUUAGAUAUCCAAAACGUUGCCGAUUGCUAUCCCCUUCAUUCUACUCCUUUUCUGCUUCUUUGUGUCCUGUGAGAAAAGGAAAUGGAUGCCCUGGCGCGUGCUUCUGUGUCUAAGGAGGAACGUGAGAAAAGAGCUCUUGAAAUUGGGAAUGUGCUGCUUAAGCACCCCACAGUGUCUAAAGCGGAGAUUCUGGAGAAACUCGAUUCUAUGGGUUUAUUCUCAAACACCAAAGAAAGCAACUUCUGCAAAUCCUAUGAAGAACAACGUAAACGGAAGAACGCACCAUCACAAGAAGAGGAUUCUGUGGAUAAGGUUGUCGAAGAGCAUGGUGAGGAGCUGAUUGGCUGCACAGUGAAGAUAUGGUGGCCAAUUGAUAAAGUGUUCUAUGAAGGGCGUAUCACUUCCUUUUAUUAUUCGGCGAAGAUGCACAGGGUGCUCUAUGAAGAUGGCGCUCAUGAAAUUCUAGAUCUUACAGAGGAACACUGGGAACUAGUUGAAGAAGAAGACAAUGCAUCACUUCCUAUACAAGAGAUUGUUCCUGGUCCAAGUGAUUUGUCCGACUCUGACAUGCCACUUGUUUGCUUUAUUCGCAAUAUAAGGAAAAAGAAGGGGAAAGCAACUGCUGAUCCGACGACUCCUUCAACAAUGACCAGGCUACAUAAAUUAACUCCAAAUGGAGUGUAGGCUGAAUGAACUUCUGUAUCUCGCAGCUGUUUUACCCCAUCUACUUUAUUCUGAACACUAUGAAGGUUAAAUUGACAUAACUUGCUUAUGCCAAGACAUUUCGAAAAUUGUGAAAGAUUGUUCAUGGUUGAAUCUUAUUUUGUACUGGUAACAUAAACUCUUGUUGUGAAGAUUCGCAUUUUGUAUGUGAUGCUAUAACACCUUGAACAAUUGCAGUGAUAUGCUUUGUGUCUA